AUGGCUGACCUGACUGCUGAUGAAGGCCACAAGGAAUUCCAUGGCGUGAGACCAGCAGAAUUUAGGUUAAUACACGAGGCAGGAGAAGCGGGCCGAAUUUUGACGAAGGCCGAGGCUUGCUUACGACUACGACAAGCACAUCUUGUCCGUCACAUGCCUAGCUUUCUGCACGAAGCUUCUUUCGAUUAUCUCAAAUGUCACCUCACACUGGCAAUAGCUCAACUUCCGUAUGAUCCCGAGUUAGUUGAAAUGACGAUAAGCAUGAACUAUCCAUUGAAGAUUGGGGGUGGUAAGAUCGUGAACCCAGAUAUGACCAUCACCAUCUCUGCGGUUGAUGAUACACCAUCGGUGGUCCUGGUUCCCGCUAUCGGGGAGUGCGCAUUCUCGCAGAAUAGGGAUAUUUUAGCCAUCAUAGUUCUCGUGCACGAAGGCAUACAUUACGCCUGUCCCAAUCCCGAUUCAAUCGCAUCGAAGGAGUUACGCAACGGGGAAGAUGACCCUCAAUCUCUCUCUCUCGACGAAUUCAUUAGCCAACGCACAAUGCCACGAUCUUUCGACACACCUAUCAGGGUCGGUGAGCAUGACUGGUGCCACAUCCAGUCCGUUGAAUACUUCGUAUGGGUGAAGGGUGAUCACCAAGAUCGGAUCGAUGUUCGUAAUCAUGAUCCUCAGUUCAUGGCUCACGGGACUUUGGCCCCCAACUUGAACAUGGACGCUGUAACGGCCAUGCUCGAGAGAGGUGUGCGCAAGAUCAGAGAUUGUCUAGUCUCCUUCUCACGGGAGCUGAGCGAUGAAGUUGAUUGCUCCGAGUUAGAAAAUGCUGAAGUCAGGCAGCCCAUUGUAUGGCGCCUUGGUGCCAAGAACGUGAUGAAAGCAGCUGAUCUCACCGCACAUCAGCGCUAUGAUCUCUGGCAUGAUGAAGUCUUCAAAGGCGUCAAACGCUCGCACGACGAAUCCUACGAGCCUACUGAGUCGGAGUGCAGCUCCUCGGACUCGGAAGUAUCGGCUACUAUCUCUUCUCAAGACAGCCUCGCUCAAGACCUUGCGGGGUUUAAGUGUACAUGCAAACACCGCAGCAAGCGUGUGAAGGCUUAG